UUCAUAUUCAUAUUCAUAUUCAUAUUCAUAUUCAUAAUUUAAGCUCUCCACUGUGAUUUACAAGUUAAUUGAUCAGUCUCAUAUAUUCUUUCCAGUUCCACCACCACCAAUAUUCAUAUCGGAGAAAUGACGGCUUAUGGUGCUAUGUUUUCUCUUAGUAAUACAAUAAGCAAUAUUCUCAAUUGUUCUCGGUUUAGGCUUGUUGGUAGCUCUCAAAUAAUCAUAAAAGUCGUGAUCAUGGUAUUGCAGCCUUGGAAAGAAAUUCUGGAAAGAUUGGACCAGACGAGCCCAAGCUUGAGCAGGAAGAAGGUUAAUGCUUCGGAUGGAAGAAUCAAAGAGGCAAUCUGGAAAUUCGAAGACUCAUUGGAAUUCAUUCUCACUCAACAGAUUCCUUCUCAACUCCAAACUCUUCCAGAGAUAGUCUCCCUUGAUCUGCAGUCUGCGAAACGAAGCUCGUUCGUUGAUCGAAACGCUCAAGGAUAUGAAGAAGGAGUACAUUUAUGAAGUAGAGAAUAUGCCUCAAGACGAACCUAUUUCCUCCUCAAUUGGUUUCCAUGGAACCAACACAAAGAUGAUUGAAUUAUCCGACCAAUUCCAACAACUCAAAACCGAUCUCAUGAGAGGGAAUCACGAUGACUGGAUUCGUUUCCACGCACUUAUUGGAACACCAGGCAUUGGAAAGACAACUCUUGCUAUGGAAAUUUAUCAAGAUCCAGAAAUUCAUAGCAAAUUUGAGUGUCGUGCGUGGGUCAAUGUAGGCCGAGUACCUCAACCGUUCAGUCAAAUUUUAAGAGGCAUUCUUGCUGACUUGGGUGGAAUUACUCAAGGAGGAGAAGAAAUAGACUACAGUUUCGAAGAAAGAUUGCCUGACAAGAAUUGGCUCAUUGUUUUGGAUGACGUAUGGGAAGAAGAUGCAUGGAAUAGCAUGAAACAAUUCUAUGAAUACAUCCAAAAUGGAUGUAUUCAUGUCUUGCUUACUGGCCGACAUCGAAAAACAAUUAAUGCUUUUGUGUUUGGUGACUUUUGGUAUGAGGUGCGGUUUUUGAAUGAAGAAGAAAGCAUGAAACUACUAUGUGUGAAGGUGUUUGGUGAUGAGAUUUGCCCUCCUGAACUUGAAAAGGUUGUCGCCAAAAUCACCAAGCUUUGUGAAGGUCUCCCUCUCAUGAUCGUCACUGUUGCUGGCAUCAUUUCAAGAUCUGAGCAGAACAAAGACACGACCUACUGGAAUGACGUGGCAGAGAGGCGAAAUUCAGUCUUCAGGGAUGCAUAUAAUGAAAUAAUAAAGGUACUUUUUCCAAGUUACGACUACUUACCUCAACGUCUUAAAAUGCCUUUUCUGUUUAUGGGAGUUUUUCCUCGAGAUUACAACACCCCCCCUUCCAAGAUCAUCAUGAUGCUCAUGGCUCAGGGGUUGCUUUCUUGGGAUAAAUGGGAAUGUAUAUUUCUGAAAGAGCUAGCUUAUGACUACAAUCUUGUUUUACGCAUCUUGAAGAGUGUGAAUAAAGCUGAUGUUGAGUUUUAUGUUGAGCAGUAUAAAACUUGUCGGCUUCAUUCUUCGUGGCAGCAUGUGUGCAGAGGAGAAGCUAGUAAGAACAAGUUAUAUCAUGUCUUAAAUAAGUUUAAUGAUGCCUCAGGAGAAAUUUUAACAGGUCAGCGCGGCUUGUGCCUUGAAAAUAAUAUUUUAUUUGGCAUCAAAGAGUUUCGCGAGUCAGUGAGAUUCAAUUGUGCACCCUAUGUACGCUCUCUCCUUUUGUAUGGUCCUUACCACCAAUAUCCAAUCACUAUAGACGUCGGUUUCAUGUUGCUAAGGGAAAUAGAUGCUCUUACACAAAGGUUCUAUACUUUCCCAACGGAGAUUCUGAUACUAGUCCAAUUAAAGUACCUUGCUCUAACUUGCAAUGGAGAUGUCCCUGCAACCAUAUCCAAACUUUUCAACCUUCGAGUCUUGAUUAUCCAUCCGCAUAUGAACAUUAGACGAUGUGCAGCUCCAUCAUAUGUACCAAUACAUGUUUGGGACAUGCAAAAGUUAGAGCAUAUUGAGAUAUUGGGAAAAGGCCUUGUAGUUCCAUCUCAUGUUGCUUCUUUGGAAAAGCUCUCAACACUUGUAGGCGUGAAUGCUAGCAUUUCUGCUAUCUUCAAACUCUCCUGCAGAAUUCCUAAGAUAAAGAAAUUAGGAAUACAGAUUGAGAUCACGCCUUCUGAGGAUCUAAACGACCUUUUGAGUUGCUUAGGUUGCAUUUCAAGGCUUGGAAGUUUGGAGACACUCAAAUUAUGUAUCACAAAUCCUGUGAUCAAUCAUAAUCAUGUUUUCGUGAUGAAUCCUAGGUCAUUGAAGUUUCCAUGUACUUUGAAAAAGUUGCAUUUGAGUGGAAUGGGAUUUCCUUGGAAAUACAUGAAUAUUAUUGGUUCUUUGCCAGGUCUUAUAGUUCUCAAAUUGCGAUCCUACGCCUUCCAUGGUUCACAUUGGAAAACAAAAAGGUACAGUUUUCCUAGACUGAAAUUUCUUCUAAUUGAAGAAAGUGAUUAUCUAAGCUUUCCUAAUCUUAGAUACGUUAGCAUGAAACAUUGCUACAAACUAGAAGAUAUCCGCAAAGCUUCUUUCCUUGAUCGAUGCCAUGGUACCAUAGAGAUUGAGUUAGAGGACUGCAAUCCUUUAGCUUUGACUUGGGCCACCCAAUUACAACCAAGUUCUGGUGGUAGGCUUCGUGUUACUACCUUUUCUUCUUAUUACGAGAAACCAAAAACUUUCAAGUGCGAAAGGGAUGGAGGCCGCUAUGUAUCUAGGCUGGAUGCAUACAAAAAUUUUGAAUUUAAAGGUCAAGGUGAUGAUGGUAAAUAUAAGUCUCAUCAUGGGGAUACAGAGGAAGAGAAUGAUGUGCAAUAUACGUCCGACUAUGAGGAUACAGAGGAAGAGAAUGAGGUGGAAUACGCGUCCGGUCAUGAGGACACGGAGGAAGAGAAUGAUGUUGAAUAUACAUCUGACCAUGAGGGAACAGAGAAAGUGGAUUAUUCUGGAGAAAUAUCCAAUACCACGAAGGAGGCGCUACAUAUGUGGAUGCAUAGGGCCAAGGAGCGUGUGAAUUAAGCAAACGAUAUGAUUCUUAGUAGUUGAAAGUGAACAAAGUGAUGCAAUCCACUGUUGAUUUGCAGGCUUGAAUUUGUUUCUACAAAGUGAUACACAUGCAAAUCAAACUAGUAUGAAUUUUCUCAAUAAGUAAAGGAACUUCUUCACUGAUUUCUUAUAAUUUUGGUUUGAAUUCCAAU